UAGCUUCGUAGGGCGAAUGAUUAGCUGUAGGUGGCCAUUCAAUGUAGGCUAGCCCAGCUCUUCGUUGUACAAAAAACAUAAGUAGAUGCGGCCCAGCUAGCACCUCUGUUUCAGCCCAGUUCAUGAUUGCACGGCAGAUAGUGGGAUUCCAUCGAUUUCACGGUGGCUACACACAAAGCACUACUUGGCACUACUUGGCUCAAUGGAUAGGAACCGAGACGAGGCAGGGUCCAAUUCCCCGGGAAAGUGGCAUGGGUUGAAAUGGACCUGAGUGAACACGCAGCACGCAAGGGGCAACUUGGUCUUGUCAUGUAGCACAGCAGCGUGGCUUCGUGGAUAUCGUUCCCAGGCUCCAGGAAACGAGAGGUGCAGAAACAAACUCCGCCACGGUUACUCUGCAGACCAAAAGCAGCAGCACACCAAAGACCCAGAGAAUCAAGAGGAGAUGCUUACUCUUCACACCGUUCGGACAUCCCUUCCCUGGCCGCGCAGAUCCUCCCCGCGCCGACAUGCACUGCAUCUAAGCAGGAGGAAAUUUUCCAUCUGUAAGAGCAGCUCCGAAGAUGCUGGAUCCGACGCUCCCCUGCCGCACGGCGGUGACCAACGCCAGCAGGAGGUGCUUGCAAAAAUCGCCAUGCUUCAGACGCAGAAGGUCCGCAUCACAAACUUCCUGGAUGAGCGGUCUGCUUACCUGACCAAGUUCACCAAGGAUGCCGACACCGAGUUUGAUAUGAUUGGGCAGAACGCCAUGAAAGAGCUCGAUCAAAUUGGGGACCAGAUAAUGGAGCGACUCGACAGCAAGAUGCAGUCCUACGAGGAGACAGCUGAAAUGCAAAGGCAGGAGAUAGAAAUGAACGAGAGGGUGUUAGAAGACUUCGAAGAUUGGAUUGAAGAGGAGAAAAACGAAGGCAUGUUCUUCAAAAGCCUUGGGAAGGUCAAAAAACCUCAAAACAAUGAGGAAAUCAAGGUGAUGGCUAGGAUCGAAGCACAGAAGGUCACAGAGAUAACAAAGGAGAAUGCAGGGUCAAAAGCUCGGAUGAAUAUUUACCUUGCACUGAUGGCGAUACUCAGUCUUACAAUCGCAAAUGCCGUCUUUGCAACGCCAGAGGUGGAAUGGAGGAAGGUUGCUGCUCUGGGUUUAAUUUUCAUUGGCCUGGUUGCUCAGGUCAUCUAUGAGCAAGAUAUAUCCCCACCGGCAGCUGACAAGAAUGAAAAAAGAGAAGAAUGAAAGAGCUGUGCACCCUGAGUGAAACAUCAAAAAGCAGCAAGAGCUUCAUCGAUAUAGAUGUAGACUGUAUAAAAUCAAGAUAUAGAUUGUGUAAUCUUAGUUAUAAUUUAAGGUGUAGCUUGGCCUAUAAACCACAGGUUUCUUACACCUGAGGUCUGAUAAACUCAAGCUGUCUUCAAUCUUGCAUCAAAGAUAUGUUUCAGCAAUAUAACUUUCAAAGCCAAAA